GAUGGAGGGAGGUGAAAGAAGAGAAACAAUUGGGGGAAGCACCUCCCCUCGCACGGUGUUGUCAGCAGUUUAUCCCAGGCCCUGGCAGGAGCUGCAAGGGUAAAUGGGAGGAAAUCUGAUCCAUAUGGUGGCACUAUAAAGCUCACCGCUGAUUUUCAGGCUUCAUCAAAACCUUGUCAAGGCUUGAUCACUACUCAUGACUUGCAUCCUCCUCUCUCAUGUUUGACUGACCCCAGAGUCUAUCAGCAACAGUCUUCAAAGUUAUUCCUCUGGUUAAGACAUGAAGUUGCUGGGCCAGGCAGUUUUCUUGCUUUUGCUUGUGGGAAUCUGGUGUCAGAACAACCGUAACACUAAAGCUGGUGCAAAGUCCAACAAGAAGUCUGGUGGGAAUCAAGGAGGUGAUGUUGUCCAGUCCUCCCCUGUGGUUGAUUUGACUCCUGGAAGCACUGAAAACACGAGAGGUACUGGAGGCUCAGCCGAAGCGGGACGGGAAGGUACUGCAGGAGCUCGUGCAGCUGGACAACAGACCGACGAGAUGAGGCUGCACUUCCUAAAGAACACCCAGGUUACAUGUAAUGAUGGAACUGCAGCUGGGUUUUACCUAAAGGAGUUCAGAGGAAGCCGCCGAUGGCUGUUAUUUCUGGAAGGUGGCUGGUGUUGUUACAGCAAAGAGACCUGUGAUUCCAGGUACCAAAAUAUACCCCGACUAAUGAGCUCAUCAGGCUGGCCCCAAACAAAAAGAGGAACUGGAAUUUUGUCCUCUCAAGCAGAGGAGAACCCACAUUGGCAUAACGCAAACAUUGUAUUCAUCCCGUACUGUUCCAGUGAUGUCUGGAGCGGCACUGGUCCUGCUCCCACUCCUCCUCCCAGACAACGACAGGGCAGAGAAAAAGAAAGAGAGAGAAACAUCAAUGCAACUGAGUAUGCCUUCAUGGGAUCACUGAUCAUCCAGGAGGUCAUCAAAGACCUCAUUCCAAAAGGAAUCAAGCUGGCCAAAGUCCUCAUGCUGUCUGGCACAAGCGCUGGUGGAACAGGUGUUUUGCUCAACCUUGACAGCGUUGCCAGUCAGCUGGCACAACUUGGUGCAGAGACUCAAGUCCGAGGCCUCGUUGACUCUGGAUGGUUUCUAGAGAGCCAACAGCAAAGAUCUCCCAAUUGCCCUGAGACUGUUUCCUGCUCACCUGAAGAUGCUAUCAAGAUAGGACUCAGGCUGUGGAAUGGGGUUGUGCCUGAUAGAUGUCGGCAGCUCUAUAAGAGAGGGGAGGAGUGGCAGUGCUUCUUUGGCCACAAACUGUACUCUACCUUGUCCUCUCCUCUGUUUGUUGUGCAGUGGUUGUUUGAUGAGGAGCAGCUGAGAGUGGAAAACAUUUACUUGGGGGGGCAGAGUCUGUCCGAGGAGCAGUGGCUGUACAUACGAAACCUGGGCAGGUUGCUCAAGAACUCACUUAGAGAUGUCACGGCUGUUUUUGCUCCUUCCUGCCUCUCCCACACACUGAUUACAAGGAGUAACUGGAAGAGUUUCCAAGUUAAAGGCAACUCCCUGCCACGUGCCUUACACUGCUGGGACAGGAAUCUAGAGGCAACCCGCAACAACAGAACCCCUGCUAAAGGUUGUCCUUUUCACCUAUUGGACUCCUGCCAGUGGCCCCAGUGCAACCCUACUUGCCCAGCCUUGGUGGACCAGGCCACACAGCAAGAGCUCACCCUGCUUGAAAUGCUGGUAGCUAUGGGUCUUGAUCUCCAGAAACUAGGGCUAGAUCCCCAAGGAGGUGAAGAUUCUCUGCCCAGCAUGGUCAGCAAUGGUGGCUAAGUGUUAACAUGGUUUGCUUCUGGAGAGAGAAAAAAGCAAAGGCUUAAUGUGGGGAAAUGUGUUGAAAUGUUGAUAUAACCACACAAAUAGAACAGAAAUCUUACAACUGUGUCUCAUGCUGCUCAGUAUUCCAUCAUGCUUCAUGUUUCUGUUAAAUUGGUAACUUGACUGAUGGGUGUGUUACUGUGUUUGAGUUACAGUGGUUUAGCUGUCCCUCUACUGGACACAGAAGAAAAUGCUAACUGUACUGGAAGAAAACCUUUAUUUUUAGCAGAAACACUUUGCCUCCCACCGGACACCUUAAUCCAGAUCCCUCUACAAAAAACCCAAACACCUGAAAUUGCAGUAGAGUUCAAUGCUGUUCUUACUGAGAAACAUUUGCACUCUAUAUACUGCAUUUGUAAGUGCUGUUAUUAACUUUCAGUUCAGAGUUACUUUCUGCCUACAGUCAUUACUUUCCCACAAUAGAAGUUGUUCAUGAUGGUUUUAAGAAUUCAGAUCCUGAUUUGUAUAUAAAAACAAAAUGAACAGGAGCAUUUAAAAACUGUACUCAGAAUAAGUUGAUAAUCAUUUUGCACACACAGCUCCACUGACACUUGUUGUGAUAUUCUUAGUCUGUAGCUCCUGAUGCCAUGCUAACUUAUACAAAUAUAUAUAUAUGAAAUAAUAUAUAGAACAUAUUUUAUGUGCAUGUAAGAGAGAAGUUUGAUGAGAUCACAAUGUUUUUGAGUGUUGAACAGCAGGGGUUUGCCCAUUUGAAAUGUGAAUUGCAAUAAAAUAAAAAUUCUUUAAAAGACA